ACAGAAGUUGUAACAGGUACAACAACAAUUACAGUACGGAGGUCAAACUGCACAAUCUCCACUGGGAACAGUGUCUCUGUAAAUGGUUUGAUAUCUGGUCUGACUCCUGGAGCUGUUUAUCAGAUAUUCUUUAAUUGUUCUUCAUGCUGCACAAAUGUCACAACAAGGCCUGACGUAGUUUCAAACAUCACGGCCAUAGGAAGCACAACCACCAUGUCAGUGAGCUGGAUCCCAGCAAAGGGACGAGUGGACUCCUACACCGUCCAGCUGGACAGAAACGGGACAUUGGUGCCCUGCAACAAGAGCCUGAGCAACACAACUGUAAACAAUACGUGUCUGAACCUGAACCCAGGAGUGCUUUACUGUGUGGUGGUGGUCACAAAAAGUGGACCUUUGGAGAGCAACAGUUCAGAUGUUUGCAAUGCUACUUUUCCCAACCCUCCUGGCCCCAUCACAGUGGUGUCUCAGACUGUGGAGUCCAUCAACUUUACCUGGACAUUUCCAGACGGCAUGGACAACAAUAGUUACAACUUCAGUGUGUCCGGCAUUAAGGGCUCCUAUCUGACUACAAACAACUGGUUCCUGUUGGACAAUCUUGAGUCUGGAAGCCCCUACAACAUCUCUGUUGUUACUGUAGGUGUGAUGGACUAUAAGAGCACGGCAGUGACAGCUCACAACUAUACCAGGCCAUAUGGUAUUACGGGUUUGAAAGCUGAAACCAUAAACACAACCACUGUGAAUUUGUUUUGGUUGAAACCACUGGAGUACAAGAGCGAAUAUACAUAUCAGGUUAACACUACAGGCUGUGGCUUCCAAAGCAAAACCAUCACAAGUGAAUCCACGCAGAUCUCAGAGCUCAACCCUGGGACCAACUGCACCUUCUGUGUCUCUGUCAGGGCAGCAGAUGGCACUGAAGGGGAACAAAACUGCACCUUUGCGUACACCAGGCCUGACGUAGUUUCAAACAUCACGGCCAUAGGAAGCACAACCACCAUGUCAGUGAGCUGGAUCCCAGCAAAGGGACGAGUGGACUCCUACACCGUCCAGCUGGACAGAAACGGGACAUUGGUGCCCUGCAACAAGAGCCUGAGCAACACAACUGUAAACAAUACGUGUCUGAACCUGAACCCAGGAGUGCUUUACUGUGUGGUGGUGGUCACAAAAAGUGGACCUUUGGAGAGCAACAGUUCAGAUGUUUGCAAUGCUACUUUUCCCAACCCUCCUGGCCCCAUCACAGUGGUGUCUCAGACUGUGGAGUCCAUCAACUUUACCUGGACAUUUCCAGACGGCAUGGACAACAAUAGUUACAACUUCAGUGUGUCCGGCAUUAAGGGCUCCUAUCUGACUACAAACAACUGGUUCCUGUUGGACAAUCUUGAGCCUGGAAGCCCCUACAACAUCUCUGUUGUUACUGUAGGCGUGAUGGACUAUAAGAGCACGGCAGUGACAGCUCACAACUAUACCAAUGCAAGCUCAGUGAAACACUUAACAUGUGAAGGUCCAAACACAACAAAUGCCCAGAUCAUCCUGUCGUGGACCAAACCCAGUGGCCAAUACUCUGCCUUCCGGAUCACUGUAAACAAUGACAAGAUCAACAACACGGAAAAAAGCUGUUGCAAUCACACUGUGUCCGGUCUUGUUCACUACACUGAAUACACGCUGUCUGUGACGACGGAGAGCUGGGGACAGCCUAGCGCUCCUGUGACUCAUCAGUGCAGGACAGGCAUCACAAAUCCACCCAUUCCACCCAACUAUGAGUCACUGGUGGAGGUGACUAACACGGUUUACAACAGGUUCUCCCUUCAGAUAGACUCCAGCCUGCUGAAUAACACCAACGGGCCGAUCACAGAUGUCGGGGUGCUGGUGACAGACAGUAUCCUUGAUAACACUUCUGAUUUGAAAGUUUACUUGGGAAAAACCUAUAAAGAGUGGAAAGCGAAGGCUACUCCAGUAUACCUGGCAACAGUACGAAACGCGACCAAUCUAAAACGCAGCGUAAACGUCUAUCUGUCUAUAGACGUAGGAGAUGAAUCCACAUUGGAAAACUACGAUAAUGGUGCUCUAGAAGCCACUGGAAGAUACCGAUAUGCCAUUGUGCUGUUCACCAGACUGUCCCUGCAAAAUAAGCUUGUGAAUGGUCAAACAUCACUGGUCUCAAUAACAAAGUUUUAUCCUGCUGUUCCGCUCCCACUGAACCCAGUUGUUCUUGCAGUUGCUGUGGUGAUGGGAAUUUUUAUCAUUUUCGUCAUCUUCCUCAUUGGCUUCAUUAUCUACUGGAGAAGGGUAUCCAACAAACAACCAUCAGACAUCCAGUUUCAGUCCAUGAGAGCCAAAGUAAGUGUGGCUGUGAGGGUGGAGGACUUUGAGGCUUAUUACAAGAAGCAGAAAUCAGACUCCAGCUGUGGCUUUGCUGAAGAGUUUGAGGAGCUAAAGCCUGUUGGUACAAGUCAGUCGAAAACAAAUGGUCUGAAUUUGGAGAACAAGCCCAAGAACCGCUACAACAACGUGCUUCCCUACGACUCUUCUAGAGUGAAACUCUCUGUUAUCCAUGGAAGUCCAUAUGAUGACUACAUCAAUGCUAACUACAUGCCGGGUCACAACUCCAGGAAGGAGUUUAUUGCAGCUCAGGGUCCUCUGCCCGCCACAGUCGACGAAUUCUGGAGGAUGAUCUGGGAGAAGAACGUUCAGACCAUGGUCAUGCUGACGCGCUGUCAUGAACAGGGACGAAUAAAAUGUGAGCAGUACUGGGGUUCUGGCACCAAGUACUUUGAAAACAUCACAGUGACAACAAUCUCUGAAAUCCCACUUGAAGACUGGACCAUCAGGGACUUUAACAUUAAAAAUGUGAAAACAGCUGAGACCCGCACAGUGCGACACUUCCACUUCACAGCCUGGCCAGAUCACGGGGUACCACAAACCACUGAGCUCCUCAUCAGCUUCAGACAUUUGGUCAGAGAGCACAUGGACCAAUACUCCAGAAACUCUCCUACUGUGGUCCACUGCAGUGCUGGUGUUGGACGCACAGGUACCUUCAUAGCCAUUGACCGUCUGAUCUUCCAGAUUGAAAGGGAAAAUAUUGUGGAUGUGUUCGGCAUCGUCCAUGAUCUGCGCAUGCACCGGCCCCUUAUGGUGCAGACAGAGGACCAGUAUGUGUUCUUAAACCAGUGUGCCAUGGACAUCAUCAGGUCAAGAACUGGAAACAAUGUGGAUCUAAUCUACCAAAACGCUGCUGCAUUCUCUAUUUAUGAGAACGUAGAACCCCAAAGAAAACAUGGCUACAAUAAUGCAUAGGAAAGUUUUAGCAGAUUGUCCUCUAUUUAUUUUUUCUACCUUUCAUGCUCUUAUAACAUCCUGUAUCUCUUAUAGCUUCUUCUUCUGGUAUUUAUUUGUGACCAAAUAUUUGGAUUACAUGGUGAUAUGGAUGAUUACAUUCUUAGCUCAGGUCACUGGAUGCUGUACUGAUAUUAUUAUAGCCAGUUUUGACUAAUUUAAUUACCUUAACUGGACCUUUGGAAUUUUUGUACAAAAUAUGUAAAUACUAUGUGGUUUUCAAAACCUGUGUGCUUUACUACCAAUAGGAGACACUCUACUGAUUUUAAUGCUUACUGUAAAAGACAAACAAGGACUGUUUAUAUAUCAUAAACAUGUAUAGUUUUACUGACAGAUUGUCCAGUUAAAACUUUUUGCACCAAGGCAAUUUGAGCUGUGCAAUGCUUGUUAAUGGGGGAGGUUUGUUGUUUGUUGUAGUCUUUUGUGUUCUUAUGCACUGUAGUGAAUAAUGCACUGGAUGCAUUUGUGUUUCUAUGAACAUUUUGCUAUCCACCCCACAUUUGAUUGUCAGAGUCUUAUAGUGAUUUUGUUUUAAAUUUUGGAGACGGGUUACGUUAAAUAAAAGCUCAGGAACACAAUGAAUGAAUGAAGGACAAUGAAAACACAACAUUUCACUGGCAGAUAUGAUGUUAGAAUAUACACACUGCUUAUUUUCACCUUCUAAGGGGCAGAAUUUUCCAGGAGGUAGGUACAUUUGUCUAUAAAGAUAAUUAAUGUGUAAUUAACCUGUAUAUAUUUUUAAGGAAUUGUUUUAUUUUUUUGCAUCAUAAUGUACUUAAAACAACAGGUAACACUUGUGUUUUAGUAGUCAUGACAUUUUAGUAUGUUAGUGAAAUGCCAUAUUAGAUGCUUGCUGGUACAAUGCAAAAAAUGUAAAAGGAGCAAAAUGUACCCUUCAUUCUGUCAAAAAAAUUUGAUUAAAGAUGUUACUAUAUUCUUAC